AUAUACGCUAAGUGAGACGCACACUUGAAUUUUUUCCCGAAACUUACACAGAUGGAGUCAUUGUUGACAUGUUUUCUUGUGACGAUUUUAGUGAUUCAUUCUGGAAAUGCCUCUCUAGUGAUAUCAGUGGACACGGAUCCUAUUUUGCCUGGCAAUAAUGUCACACUCACGUGCAUCAGUUCUGAUUCGGUAGCUAUGUUUGUCUGGCAGCACAGUAGUGGUGGACUUAUAGCAAUUAAUAAUCAAAUCUACUGGAUCCUAACGCCGGUUAUGAUUGCCAAUAUGGAUAAACAGAGCAGUCUAACAAUAAUAGGGUUUAAAAAUAACUUAGACGGGACCUGGGAGUGUUCAAUUGGUAUGGAAUCGACUAGCGUCUACCUAUCGGUAGACGAAGGUAUGGAUAUUUUGGAUAGCAAAAGUUUAUUGGCUCAUUGUUAAAAAAAUAUAACAUUUCUAUCAUGAGGGAAAAAUUCAUUUUAAACAUUUCUAUCAUAAGGGAAAAAUUCAUUUUAUUAGAUGUCUUAGAGUUAUCCUAAAAUAUCUCUAUUCAAAACAAUUUCUUAGAGUAAU